AUUCACGGGAGGGUAGGCCCAGUAUGGUAGGAGGGACCUGAGUGACGAUGAGAGAGCGAGAUAAGAGACAGACGGAGAGAGAGAGCGAGCAGAGAGAGAGAGCAGAGAGAGAGAGAGAGGUGAGCGGUGCACACACAUCACUAUCAACUGAAUUUAUCUUAGCAAAAUACCUCUGGUAUUCCAAGCAUGAAAGGCAAGUUUUUAUCGUCCCCAAAACAAUCCGAACGCAAGCCGUCAUGAUUGGGGGAUCAGCCAGAUUCCUAGAAAAGUGCGUGUUCGCUGUUUCGGGGGACUCCUACGGAAGAAGUCGGUUCUGCCUCUGCUGCCUCAAGUCCUGCUCUCCCGCUCUAAUGCCUUGCCCAAGGUUUUGAGAAGCGCUGAGGUGAGUGUAGGUUGUUGAGCUGCCUGACGCGGAAUAGGAGAAAAUUGCGGACAGAUCAGAAAACUGUUUCCCGAACUCAGGCAGCAUGCUGUCCGGAAUACCUAAGGGUGGCAGUGCGCUCGGAACCGAUUCGCACAAACAAUACCGAAUGGCGCUGGGUCAAGGCAAAGCAAUAAAGAAAAAAGUUUAACAUGAUUAAGGGACAUACAAUGGAUACGGACAAAGCCUCAUCUAAGGUCUCUGGAUCCAAAUGUCACCCCCCCUGGAAGCUGCCCCAGGCGGGGACCAGCAGUGUGUGACAGUGACGGGUGGGUGGCGAGGAGAGGAGAGGAGGAGGCCACAAACACAUCGGCUUUCGGCUGCGAUUCUGCACUAAAUUGGCCCAGGCUGCGUCCUGUCCUGUGAGGACGAGCAGAGAGUGCUCUGGUCUGAUAUCUCAGCAUGAAUGGAGUCAGAGUCAACUUCACUUAGAGGACCUGCUCUUCCUAAUGAGACCGCUGUCUCUCUUAAAGUUGAGGACUAAUCAAUUACAGGGGGAUUAAGCCUAACCCUACAGCUUCGUGUUCUACCGCCCCGUGAAGAAGAGGUGAACUCAGCAUUAUCAAACUCUUUCAGUGGACUGUUUUUUGUUGGUUCUUUUGGUGGAUUUACUUCAAUACUUUCAAUACUUUUCACAUUUUUUUGUUCUUUUUUUUUGUUGGUGCAUUGCUUUUUCAUUUCUCCAACCCAAGGACAUUCCCCUCCUUCUGAUUUUACACUAUGGAGUUUCAGGCUGGGCUGUGUAAUAAAGAUUGGGGUUCAUUUCUGCGUUUCUGGUUGACAGUCAUCCUGAGCCUCAAUGUGCACUUCAGCUGCCCUGCGACCUCGUGCCCAGAAGAGUGCCGCUGCGACAAAACCUUUGUUUACUGCAACGAGCGGAGCCUGACGUCUGUGCCUCUGGGGGUGACAGAGGGCUACAAGAUCCUCUACCUCCACAACAACCAGAUCAACAAUGCAGGGUUCCCAUGGGAACUACACAACGUGGCGUCCGUGGAGACAGUGUAUCUCUACGGCAACCAGUUGGACGAGUUCCCCAUCAACCUGCCUAAGAAUAUCCGGGUGCUCCACCUGCAAGAGAACAACAUCCAGACCAUCUCCAGGGCUGCCUUGGCCCAACUUCCCCGCCUAGAGGAGCUCCACCUGGACGAUAACUCCAUCUCUACGGUUGGGGUGGAGGAGGGGGCGUUCCGGGAUGCUGUCAGCCUCAAGCUGCUCUUCCUCACCAAGAACCACCUGAGCAGUGUCCCCAUUGGUCUCCCAGAGGACCUCACAGAGCUGCGAUUAGAUGAGAAUCGUAUCGCCGUCAUCGCUGAGGAGGCGUUCCAGAACGUGACGCGGCUACAGCGCCUCCUGUUGGAUGGCAACUUGUUGACAGACGAGGGCGUGGCCCCGGGGACGUUCCAGGAGCUGUCCAACCUCCGGGAGCUGGCGCUGGCCCGUAACUCUCUGACGUUCCCCCCGCCCCUCCUCCCGACGCAGUCCCUGGUCAAGCUCAGCCUGCAGGAUAAUCAGAUGGACCAGAUCCCAGUGACAGCCUUCACCGGCCUCCAGAGGCUCGAGAGACUGGAUAUCUCCAAUAACCAGCUGCAGACGCUGACACAGGGGGUCUUUGACGGCCUCGUCAGCCUCAGACAGCUCACUGUUCGGAACAACCCGUGGCGCUGCGAUUGCACCGUCAAAUGGGUGGUGGUGUGGCUCAAGUCACUGCCAAGCUCCAUCAACGUGCGCGGUUCAAUGUGCCAGAGCCCAGCGAGGGUGCGCGGCAUGGCAAUCAGAGAACUCACCCUGGAUUCUAUCCAGUGCCCAGCUGGGACGGACCUCCAGCCCGACUUCUGGCCUACCCUGCGCUCCACACCCCCGCACCCCCAACUCCCCACCACCACCCUCAUUACCUCCUCCAUGACCAGCUCUAUUCCCACCUCCACAACCUCCUCCUAUCCAACAUCACCCUCCCCUCCCCCUGCCCUGCCUCCCCACCCCGCUGGCCCACUGCCCCCAUAUGAGGACCCCCUACGGAUAUCCUUCCAUGUGGUCAAUGCCUCCUGCAUCGAGGUAAGCUGGGCUUCCUACUUCACCGUCACAGCCUACAAGGUGACCUGGGUCAAGAUGGGCCAGAGCCUGAUGAGCGACGUCAGCCGCGAAAGGACGGUGAGUGGGGAAAGGCGGAAGCUUAGCUUGACCAACCUGGAGCCCAGGUCGGUGUACCGGGUCUGUGUUUAUGUGCUGGACACCCUCAACUCCUACCGCCCAGGGGAGGAUACAAUAUGCUCAGACGCCAGAACCAAGUCGACCUCAUCCAGCUCCAACAACAACAAAGCCACAGGGUCGGAGGAAGCUCAACAGGACACCAACUCCACUCUCAUUUUGGCCGGGGUGAUAGGCGGGGCAGUCCUUGUCAUCCUGGUAAUGCUGCUGAGCCUGUUUUGUUGGCACAUGCAAAAGAAGAGCCGCUCUGAAUCGUCCAAGUGGAAAUACAACCGUGGCAGGAGAAAAGACGACUACUGCGAGGCGGGGACCAAAAAGGAUAACUCUAUACUGGAAAUGACUGAGACCAGCUUUCAGAUAGUUUCCCUGAACAAUGAGCAACUUUUGAAAGGGGAUUACAGGAUUCAGCCCAUCUACACACCCAAUGGAGGCAUCGGCUUCAGAGACUGCCACCUCAGUAACAAUAGCUUAGCCUACUGCAAGAGCAGCAACGUUCCCAGCACCGAGUUCUGCCACACGUGAUGCUUCUAACAGGAUGCUCCCACACCAGUUGUUUGAGAAAAAAAUAUACUGUACCAUAGAUAUUUCCAAGUUCUGUCUGCCAUGUAAUUUAUACUGUGGACAGUAAUGUGGAAUUCUAUCUGCUAUCUUUUUUACUCUUAGUUAGAAGGAAUACAAAUGGUUUUCUAAUCGGUAGGUUUAAAUUAAAGUAAGUGUUUUUUGCUUAACUUGAGGAUCGGUGUCCCUUCUAUGGGACGGUUGAGCUAACGUAGGCUAAUGCAAUUAGCAUGAGUUGUAACAAGACAUUUUCCCAGGACAUAGACAUAUCUGAUAUUGGCAGAAAGCUUAAAUUAUUGUUAAUCUAACUGCACUGUUCAAUUUACAGUUGCUAUUACAGUGAAAUAAUACCACGCUAUUGUUUGAGGAGAGUGCACAAUUAUGAACUUGAUAAGGUAUUAAUAAACAAAUUAGGCACAUUUGGGGAGUCUUGAUACAACAUUUUGAACAGAAAUGCAAUGGGUCAUUGGACCAGUCUGAAACGUUGCACACACACUGCUUCAAUCUAAUGGCCAAAAUCUAAAUUGCACCUGGGCUGGAAUAAUACAGUAUGGCCUUUCUCUUGCAUUUCAAGGAUGAUGAUACAAAAAAAUACAAAAGAACGGUUGUUUUUUUCUUUGUAUUAUCUUUUACCACAUAUAUUGUGUUAUAUUCUCCUACAUUCCUUUCACAUUUCCACAAAUGUCAAAGUGUUUCCUUUCAAAUGGUACCAAGAAUAUGUAUAUCUUUGAAUCAGGGCCUGAGCUACAGGCAGUUAGAUUUGGGUAUGUCAUUUUAGGCGAAAAUUGGAAAAAAAAUGGUCAGAUUCUUAAUUUUAAGUACUGUAUAUAGGAAUUUGUACCAUUACGACACACUGGGUUGGUUCUGACAAACGCUGCCCUGUCUGUCAGGUUUUGGGUUGUUGGGUGCUAUGAGGGAUGGGAUUCUUUGCUAACCACAGGAGCUAAAUGAUGGUCUUUGUGCAGAGCCACCCCCUCAGAAACAUUAGUUACGAUAACACAGUGGUCAGGGACAUAGUAACACUGCUGAUUAGAUUGCAGUGGAGAAUAGGCACUGCUGGUGUUUUUUUAAAGAAUCAAAGUGCACUUUCUAAUGUAACAGAGAGAGUAAGCAGCCAUCCAGGAAAUUAGCUUUUUGUGGAAAUCCCAUCAGAGAGGAAAGCGCACACUUUUCAACACCCCCUAUUACCCUCACAAGACAAAGUGAACAUGUAUGAAUGUGGUAGGCAGGGAGAAUGCCUUCACAGGACUAAGUCAACGUGUAUGAAUGUGGUAGACAGGGAGAAUGCCUUCACAGGACUAAGUCAAUGUGUAUGAAUGUGGUAGGCAGGUAGAAUGCCUUCACAGGACUAAGUGAACGUGUAUGAAUGUGGUAGGCAGGGAGAAUGCAUUCACAGGACUAAGUCAGUGUGUAUGAAUGUGGUAGGCAGGGAGAAUGCCUUCACAGGACUAAGUCAAUGUGUAUGAAUGUGGUAGGCAGGGAGAAUGCCUUCACAGGACUAAGUGAACGUGUAUGAAUGUGGUAGGCAGGGAACAGUGGAGGCUGCUGAGGGGAGAAAGGCUCAUAAUAAUGGCUGAAACGGAGCAAAUGGAAUGGCAUCAAACACCUGGAAACCAUGUGUUUGAUGUAUUUGAUACCGUUCCACUAAUUCCACUCCAGCCAUUACCACGAGCCCAUCCUCCCAAAUGAAGGUGCCACCAACCUCCUAUGGCAGGGAGGGAGACUGCUUUGACAACUGGAUAUAGAUUGUCUGUCAGUGACACAUGAGGUAGUACCAGCUGUGGCCACUAGGGGGCAUGUUCUCUCAGUCAGUAUAGAGGGGUAAGCAAGAGAGUUAGCAGUAAAGAUCCUUUAGCUCCAGCAACCAUAACUCAUGGUUGUCACUAGUUGCCACAGCCACAAAGUCAAAAUGGCUAUAUUGUAAAGAUUAAUGAAGACAAAAUGUGGUUAGGGUUAGGCAUAAGAAUAGCAGUGUGGUUAGGGUUAAAGUUUAGACAAGGUUUCAAAUGAAAUUUUAGGAAGAUAAAUUGUAGAAAUAGGUGGGUUUUAGACAUAAUUAUGACUUUUUGGCUGUGUUAACUAGUGACGACCGUUACUCAAUCUCAAAUGGCAUUGCUCUGAGUAUUAAUGCUCGCAGAGCAACUUAAUGAUGUGGAAUAAUUUAAAACUAACUGUGCUCAGCUUUGUUGUUCAGCGGCUAAAUUAUAUUGAUUUUUACCACAGUGUGUUACUAUCAUUGGGGAGGCCCAUGAGGUUGUGUUGGGUAUCUUGUCUUUACAGGGAGGUGUCUGCAGUGAUGAUGAAUGUGUAGGAGAUACACUCACAGUUAUUAUACAGUCCGCUACCUUUCGAUUGUCCUUUAUUGUUUAGUAUGACAAAUGUGUGAAUCACAACGAAUGAUCAAUGUGAUUAUCUUUUAUCUGCUUUACACUGUGUUGAUAGCAGGGGUUUCCUGCUGUAGCAUGUGAAUCAUUUCCAUUGGGAUUGGCUAUUCUAUUCAUUAAUUCAUUGAUUGGUUCAAACGACCGAUUCACCAUUCACCAAAACAACAGAUUCACCAAAACAAUGUUAGCUAAAUCUGGGGCUGCCCCCAAACAUGAAGCAUGAACAUGUCCUUAU